GUCCCUGGGUCAGCUAUACUUCAGCUGAAAAUAAUAUUUUAUCAGGAAACCCACUGAGAUAGGACUUAUAGCAGUUUAGUAUACAUAGACUCGUUGUACCAGGCUGUCUCGUAGCCUAUUCUUUUAACUUCUUCCAAACAUUUUAGGAGGAACGCCCCGCUUUGGUGCCAUAAGGUUUCUCAUUUGGACGUCUCAACGUGAAACAGGCUAAACGUAAUGAAUACAUCCAUGAGCUGCUACGUGCGUUAGAAUAAUCGAUUCUCGCCGAUACCAUCGACAAAAGACAUGGAUGCUGAAAAUGGAGAGGUGUUUUUCAGGAUCAAGGAGGAAGAUGCUGUGAUGGCGGAAGAUCUUCACAACAGCACUCUCUCUGGCAGCCAUGCUCUGUGGUCCUCACAAAGUGUUCUUAAUGACAGUGAGACAGAGGAUGUUCUCCAUGCCAUUAAUCCAAAUGACAUGUACACCUCUGGACUCCUCCACGAGUCCCUGUCAGAGAGUGACAGUGGCAUGUCUGCAGAUCCGCAGUCUGACAGUCCCUUGGGAACAAUAGAGGCUUCCCAGGACACGUCUGUUCCCACGGUCUAUCAGGUGGUCUAUGACAUCAGUGCCAUAGGCGGCAUUAAGACUGAACCAGAGCAUCACAAUGUGGAUGUGAUAUCCAUACAGCUUGACGAAUGGAGCUCUCAGAUGCUACUCUCAGACUCUUGUAUUGUGAACGAGUUGCCUCUUGUUGCUGGGGGGAAGGUGGAGACUAUUCACCCCUCAACUUGUGCUUCCAGUGAAGCCAGCCUCUCAGAAGCUUCACUGGAUUAUCCAGACCUGCAGCUCACUGAAGAAGAGGAGAAGCUUCUGAAACAAGAGGGGAUCUCCCUACCUAACAAUCUCCCUCUCACUAAGACUGAGGAGAGGAUUCUGAAAAAAGUUAGACGUAAAAUCCGUAACAAACAGUCAGCUCAAGACAGCCGGCGCAGGAAGAAAGAGUAUAUUGAUGGGCUUGAAGGCAGAGUCGCUGCUUGCUCAGCCCAGAACAAGGAGUUACAGAGGACUGUGGAUCAGCUGGAGAAACACAACAUAUCCCUUCUGGCUCAGCUGCGGAAGCUUCAGAGUCUGAUCAAACAGACUGCCACUAAGGCAGCUCAAACCAGCACAUGCAUCAUGAUUUUCAUUUUCUCCUUAGUUCUAAUCAUCUUUCCGAGUUAUAGCCCUUUCAGUAGGGGCUCGUCUGCAGUAGAAGAGGGCUACGCUCCUAUUGGAGUCAUCUCCAGAAGCAUUCUCAAUGAUCCUGCCUCGUCCUUGCAAAUCUCCGAGGACUCUGACAACACGGUGGCCUCCCCAGACGAUGUGCCGUCUCCCCCCGACCUCAGUCAGUCUGACCCACCAGAUCUGACUCUGUCAAGGCCACAGCAAUCACCAGAGACUCCUGAUAUAGAUGAUAGUGUGGAGUUGACCUUAGAAGGGAGCCAGCUUAAUAACAACUCAAGUCUGGCUGAGGCAAAGAGAACUGACCAAGUGGACCUGGGGAUGAUGCAAUCAGCCAUACCAGGAAAUGCAAACAUUGAUCCAACUAAACCAGCGCAUGCAGAUGAAAUGUGACCAGCAGUCAUGCUUUCAUUAUUUAUUGUUUAUCUUUAAUUUAUGGAUCAUUAUUAACACCUCCUUCUCCAGAUGAUCUGGGGUGCGUUUCCCAAAACCAUAGUUGCUAACCUGUUAGCUGGUUGGCAAUGGGAAAUUGCAUUGCAACCAACAAAGUUGCUAACUUAGUUAGCAACUAUGGUUUUGGGAAACACGCCCCUGGGCGGUACCUGUGUUUCUACUUCAAGUGAUGUCUUCAAGGGAUAUUUUUUUUCUCUAGAGAAAAAAUCAUAAGCCCAGCUUUCUUGAUUCGGCUAGGGCAUCCAUGUUUGGCAUUGUUGUGAUUUUGCUUCUCUUUAUGAAGCAAUUCAAAGAGGUGUAUUCAGAUAAUACUGUUAAAGAGAAAAGUUUGUAUUUUUUCUUUAAAGUUUAGAUGUGUCAGUCUUGCAGGCUUCCAAAAUUGGUGAGGAUACUUGCAGUUUUCUCAAUGUAAUUCUGUUUUUUCUGUAAUGUUGUGCUGCAGGAUGCAGAUAUCUGUAAAUCCAUGCCUUUUCAAGGAUACGUGGCUUUUUUGAAUUGUGAUUUUAGUUAAUUCUGUAUUAAAGUUAUACAUAACUUUAUUUGUAUCAGAAUUCAGGAGGCCUGUAAUUGAGGGACAUUUUUGAUGGAACUACCUUCUUUUUAAUGCAAAUUAAAAACAGCAACAGCUCUGCAGCUGUUUGGUUGUUUGGCACAACCAGAGGAGUAUACCCAGGUAGCUUGGGGAGUUACCACUGAUCUCAAAACAGCAUGUCACUUCAGGGGCAAUACAAGCAGUAAAGUGUUAUUUUAAAGAUCAGCGGUUAUUCCAAAGUUACCAGGCUAAUAAGCCAGUAACGUUUAGUAAACCCCUCCUGUCAGUGUUAAGUAAAAACAGAGGGAAGCAACAGCCAGGAUGUGCCAGGCUCAUUGCAGUUCAAUCCUGGAAACUGCUAGUAGUUCACCUUCAAAGUUUGUAGAUCUGCAUGGUAGACAUACAUUAAUUGUACUGUGCAAACACCGUUUAAAUGAAAUAAAGCAUUCUUUUCUUUUAAA